AUGAUAAGAAAGAAUGAAGGCCGGCUUUAAACCUUCAAAGAAAUUAGAGAAAAAGGAGAGACAAAAUGUAAUCAACAGCGAAUCCUAGAAGUUAAUGACGAAUUUUUCAAUAUAGCACUUAUCUAACUAAUACUCCCUUUACUCUUUUUCCAUUUUUUCAACCCAAAAAUUUUCUCAAUUUAUGAGGGUAUUGAUAGCAUUAUAGAAAUGAUUCAGAUUUGUUUACAUUUAUUAGCUGAUUAUAUCCAUUUUAUUGCCGUUAAUAUAUUGUCCAACCAGCUUGAGUAAUAUUUAUGUUAGAUUUUCUUGUAUACCUUAAUCUGGGCAAUUAGAAUUUCAGUUGUUAUCUUAAUACAGAUGGUACUGUUACUUAUGAUAUUGCUUGUAGUGAAGAUUUUUGUAAAGAUGGAAUUUUUUGCAAAAGUAAAUUUAUAAAACAAUUAUUAAUAGUAUUUAAUUGGUUACCUGAAUGUUAAAUAAGCUAAUUAGGUUGUGAUUAAUGCAAUCCUGGUCAUUUUAGAGCACUUGAAUAAACGAAUGGCUAAAUUUACAAAUGCUAUGAAUUAGAUAGGAAUUGUGAUGAAACUAGAUAAUAAAUAAAAUUUGAUGUUGCAAACCAAAAUUAUUUUCAUUAUUAUACAAUAUGCACUUUAUGCUAUCCAGGAUUCUAUUAUGAAAAUUUAAGUAAAGGAUGCAUAAGUUAUAUUUUUUUAAUUUAUCUAGCACCUGAUAAUUUGCAUCCUAAUUGUGUCCUUUCUAAUUAAUCAGGAAUAAAGUGUUUUGCUUGUAAGGCAUGGUACGCUCUACAAUAAGACGGCACAUGCUAACCUAUUUAAUGCGAUUAGUAAUGUUAAACUUGUUUGGAUACUAAUACAAGUUUUUGUACAACUUGUGAUAUCAGUCUAAAUAGAAUAAUGGAUAAUGGUAUUGUCAUUAUUAAUCAUUAAAAUUUUAUAAAUUUUAACCAAAAAUAUUAAACAACAAACUUGCAGAUGCUUACCGAACUUUGGUUUGAAAGAAAGAAAUUGUAUACCUUGUACGGAGGGUUGCUGUUAAGAAUGUGAAUAAACAGAUUUCUAUAAAUGUAAAUCAUGCAAAACAUGA